AUGCCGAUCGCAAAACACCUUCAUCCGGAAACCCCUCAGGAAAACGUAACCCGUUUUACUGCCGUGGUAUUGAUACAACACCACGGAUACACUUUGAUGUAUUCAAAGAAGUUCGGGAAACAGCUUGUGACUAUGGAGGAGUCUGCAGGUCCCCAACAGCCGGGGUCGGUUUUCCACAUAAUAGUUUUUGAGAAAAACUAUACUCCUGGAAAACACCACCUCAACAAUGCCAAUUGUACGGGGUGGAACAUUGAGUUGGCGCCAGAACAGUCAAGAAUCGAGGCAAAGCACCUGCCUAGCCUCGAGGCUCCCGGCCAUGGUGAAGUAGUUCUACGAAUCCUUUAUUCCGACCCAUGGAUGGUCACGGGACGGAUAGGGGAUUUCAAAAAUGAGAUCAUCCCAUUUGAGGUGAUCUCAAUGGACCAACGUCAAAAGCAAUGGCUCCUUCAGGAGAAGGACGCAGGAGGAAUGGUAGCCAUUGAAGUACAGGUGGCGCUCGACGGGCUUCUCAUGAUUGGCGGAAGCCGAUUGGACCGCCGGAUCCGAGAUCCAGUUUCGAAGGUCCAGCAGGAAAGAGGAGAGAUCAUCGGGCGGACUGAAAUAAAAUACAUAGAGCAAACAGGAUUGGAUAGGAUUCUAAUGUCAACGCAUCCGUUCUUGUUCAACUACGAGGAGAACAAGGAAGAAACCAAGGCAAAAGAAGAACCAUCGGGAGAAGGAAACGACGACGAGGAGAAUGAUAUCGACUCGAUCGCCGAUGAAUUCGAAUUCAUCGAAACCGAAGACACCGAGGAGUGA